AUGCGCUUUUCUCUUUCAACCCUAGUGGCGCUGGGCGCCCUUCAGACACUUGGUGUUAACGCUCAGGAUUCUACCGCCUGUAUUACGGAUUGUGUUGGCAGGCUGCAAGCACCAAAUGCUGCUUAUAACUGCCCAGAUAACACGGCCUCAUGCAUUUGCGCAUCCACAGAAUUUGCCAAAGGCAUGGCUGAGUGCGCCAGACCAUGUGGUGUCGCAGACACCGACAUUACUGGCAACUUGGCCAGUGGAUUCUGUGCGGGCCUACCGGUAGUCCAACUCCCUGCGGCCACUUCAGGUGCUAGCACUGAAGCCUCUUCCGCCCCAGCGACAACAUCUGAGGCUGCUGCUUCGACUAGUGAAGCAGCUGCUACCACUGAGGCUGCUUCAUCCUCGGCCGCGCCUACUUCAUCAGCCGCGCCUGAAGAGACGACCUCUUCUGCCGCCGAGUCUGUCCCUGUUUCGACUUCUGCUGAAGCUGAGUCUACCGCUACUGAGGAGGCUACUUCUGCCACGGACUCUGCUUCCGCUACCACUUCCGCCUCCGCCUCGGCUACCGACAAGGCCUCGACAACCGAGGGAGCUGCCGGUGCUGGUGCUACUUCUGAUUCUUCCGACGAAGACGACAAGGAAGAAGAGUCAUCUGGAUCUGGUGGAUUGUCCAAGUCUGCGCAAAUUGGCAUUGGUAUUGGAGUUACUGCUGGUGUCCUUGCCCUCCUCGGUAUCGCGCUAUGCUUCCUCUGGAGACGACGAAGCCAGCGGAACAACCUGCCACGUGGAAACACAGCCAUCUCCCACCCAAUGCCUGCCGGCGGUUCCAACUACCACUCGGCCGAUCAAGGAUCCAUUGUUGAGAAGGGUGGUUAUGAUCUUGAGAUGAUGUCCCACCGGUACGAGGACAUGCUUCCUCGACAAAAGCCGCGAACCAUGGUGUGA